AUGGUAGAUAGGGUAGAGGACGAUUCAGACGACUCUAUGACGAGUAUGGGCUUCGGCGGCUAUCCGAGGAGAAUUGGUAUUUGCAAACAUAAAAUGUUAAAGUUUGGCCGUAAUGAGAAGGAGUGUGAUUUAGUGUUUAGCGAUCCAGUCGUCUCAUCUAUCCAUUGCGUAUUCUGGGCAAUUUUAUUUGACGAAGAGAGCUCUCCUAUGUGUUACAUUAAAGACUGUUCUCUGAAUGGCACGUAUCUGAAUGGGGCUCUACUUAAGAGGAAUAGUGCGUAUUUGCUGCAGGAUGGGGACUCGGUUGAGCUUCAUGACCAAGAUAGCAGAGCAUUUAGGUUUAGGGCUUUGGGGCUAGCGGCUAAUUCUCCGUUGUUCGAUCAGCUGGGAUUUGAAAGAGUGGUUGGCCGCUGGGAAGUCACCUCUCGGUUAAUCGGUAACGGUACUUUUGGACAUGUCCUAGUGGCUUACAAGAACUUGAGCAAUGUGGAAAAGCAGGAGGGAUCAUUCUCAAAAUGCACGCCAGAAAAUUAUGCUGUCAAGAUUAUCAAAUUAAAGCCUAGUAAGCUGGACAAAGAGGCGAAGAUAUUACUCAAAUUGAAUCAUCCCAAUAUUAUCAAAGUUCAUCACACAUAUUGUGAUAUGAGGGACAAUCUCUACAUUUUUCAGGAUUUAAUCCCAGGUGGUGAUCUAUUUUCUUAUUUGGCGAAAGGUGAUUGUCUGACUUCAAUUUCAGAGACAGAGUCGCUGAUAAUCGUUUACCAGAUUCUUCAUGCUCUAAAAUACUUGCAUGAUCAAGGGAUAGUACACCGUGAUUUGAAGCUGGAUAACAUUUUGUUGUGCGCUCCAGAACCAUGCACAAGAAUAGUAUUAGCUGAUUUUGGGAUUGCCAAAGAUUUAUCGACCGCUAAGGCAAGAAUGCAUACCGUAGUUGGAACACCCGAAUAUUGUGCACCUGAAGUUGGUUUCAAGGCUAAUAGGAAGGCCUAUCAGUGCUUCUCACGAGCUGCUACCCUUGAGCAGAACGGAUACGAUAGUAAGUGUGAUUUGUGGUCGCUUGGAGUCAUCACCCAUAUAAUGUUGACGGGUAUUUCCCCAUUUUACGGUGACGGUACUGAGAGAUGUAUCAUCCAGAAUGCUAAAGUGGGUAAACUAAACUUUACCGCUAAGCAAUGGGAUACAGUCGCUGAAAGUGCCAAGAGCUUUGUGCGGAAACUGCUCGAAAUCGAUGUGACCAAGAGGUUAGACAGUAACCAAAGUUUGCACCACCCUUGGAUUUCAAAGCACAAAGAGCAAUUGCAAAAGAUUUAUGCGAAAAAAAUCCUCAAUAUCACAGAGGAAGCAUCAAAACAUGAUUCAACCUUGCUGAACUCGCCAGAGUGUUCAUCAGAGUGGAAGCGGAAGUUACCCAAGAGCGUUGUAAUGGACCAUUCUGUGCCAAAGAAGAAGAAACAGAGGACAGGAAUUUGA